AUGUGGUCCAGCCUAACCCGCCACUUCUCCUCCGCCGACAUGGCCGCCGACGACGCGCCCCCCGGCCCACGCCACCUCGCCCACGCCCACACCGACCCCCUCGCCGGCGUCACGGGCGUCUACACGCCGCCGCACCUGCGCCGCACCGCGAGUCCCUUCCGCCCGCCGCCCCUCGACCCCGUCGUGCUCGACGGCCACCGCGCCGCCACGCCCGCCUCCGCCCGCCUCCUCGGCCGCGCCGUCGCCGAGGAGGUCCGCAGCCGGCUGCCCGAGCGCCUGCGCAUCGUCGAGCACUGGCGCCUCGUCUACAGCCUCGCCCAGGACGGCGCGAGCCUGCACACGCUCUACGCCCGCGCCGCCGCCGUCCAGGGCGCCCGCAUCGGCUUUGUGCUCGUUGUGCGCGAUGAUGCGGGAGGGGUACGUCUCGCCCCUUCCUCUUCCUCUCUCCUCUCCUCUCUCUGCCGAGAUGUUCCUCCUCUCUCUGCCGAGAUGUUCCUCUCCUCUCCUCUCUCUGCCGAGAUGUUCCUCCUCUCUCUGCCGACAUGUUCCUCUCUUCUCUCCCCUUCCUCUCUUCCCUCUCUCUGCCGACAUGUUCCUCCCGCUGACGAACAGACCUUUGGCGCCUACCUCUCCGAACACCCGCGCCCCGCCCCCGGCUACUUCGGCAACGGCGAGUGCUUCCUCUGGCGCGCCUCGGCUAUCGCCGCCCUGCCGCCGCCGCCCUCCGCCGACACGGCCCCCGCCGCGCGCAGCACGACCAUCGCGCCCGACCUCCUGACGGGCGAGCCAGAGACGACACCCUCAGAGACACCCGCCGGCGCCUCGUCUCCAGCAGCACCAGCAGCACCACAGGCACAGGCACCGGCACCGGUCCCGGCCCUCCGCUUCAAGGCGUUCCCCUACUCUGGCGAGAACGAGUACUGCAUCAACUGCGAGACGGGCUUCCUCAGCAUGGGCGCCGGCGACGGACACUACGGCCUCUGGCUCGACGGCGGGCUCGCGCGCGGCCGCAGCGGGCGCAGCCUGACGUUUGGCAACGAGCCGCUCAGCGACGAGGGCGACAAGUUUGGCGUCUUGGGCGUUGAGCUGUGGGUGCUGGGGGCGUAG